GGAAGGCCGCUUCCCCCAAAGGGCAGGAAGUCCCACCCGCAGGCAACGGAGCUCUGAGUCUAGGGCUUUCUUCCGUCUAGGAUGGCCUUUUUGGCGGGAACGCAGACGGCUGCCUCGGCUCCACCUUUCGCCGCCCUUUCUCAGUACCCCGCUUUCCCAUUGGGCGGCCGCUGCCGGCCAAUGAGAGGCCGCCUUGCUGCCGGGGCCGGGUCCUCCGCCCCCUCCCCCUGGUCGGGUGUCCUGCUGCUCUCUCCGGUGAAGCAGCCACGCCUCCGCCUCUCGACAGGCGGGAGUCCGAUUCAAAUGUGAGCUGAUUCUUCAGAGGUGGUGAAGGACCACGAUUGCUCUCUGCAAACAUGAUCAGGAUUGCAGCACUGAAUGCUAGCUCUACUGUUGAAGAUGACCAUGAAGGGACCUUUAAAAGCCACAAAACUCAGACAAAGGAGGCACAAGAAGCAGAAGCAUUUGCCUUGUAUAAUAAAGCCCUGGACCUUCAGAAACAUGACCAGUUUGAAGAAUCGGCCAGAGCUUAUCAUGAGCUACUUGAGACUCGCCUUUUGCGAGAGGCAGUUCCAUCUGGGGAUGAGAGAGAGGGAUUAAAACAUCCAGGCCUGAUGCUAAAAUAUUCUACGUAUAAAAACUUGGCCCAGUUGGCAGCACAACGAGACGACUUGGAGACAUCCAUGGAGUUCUAUCUGGAGGCUGUAAUGCUGGACUCCACCGAUGUCAACCUGUGGUACAAGAUUGGUCAUGUGGCCCUCAGGCUCUUGCGCCUGCCUCUGGCACGACACGCCUUCGAGGAAGGGCUCGCGUGUAACCCAGAUCAUUGGCCUUGUCUAGAUAACCUCAUCACUGUUCUGUACACGCUCAGUGACUACUCAACAUGCCUGUAUUUUAUCUGCAAAGCGCUGGAGAGAGACUGCCAGUACAGCAAAGGCCUUGUCAUUAAGGAGAAGAUCUUUGAGGAGCAGCCGUGCCUCAGGAAGGACUCGUUAAGAAUGUUCCUGAAAGGUGACAUGUCGAUCCACGAGGUCCACGUGAGUCCGUCUGAAGCCAGAGCGGUCCUGGAGGAAGCCCUGGAGUUGCGCAGGAAGAGGCAGGCUCUGAUGGCGCGGAAGAGGGAGCCGGACCUGAAGCUUUUCCAGCCAAUUUCUCUCUUCACGUGGACCUGUCUAGGGGAGAGCUUGAUGGCCAUGUAUCAGCACCUGACGACCUGCGAGCCACCCCGGCCCAGCCUGGGCAAAAGAAUUGACCUCCUGGAGUACCAAGAUCUGGAGCAGGGCUUGGCUGUGCCUGCCAUGUCAGCUCCAGUCAGCGUUAUCCAGCCCAACCCCGUCAGCACUAACCCGGUGGUGUCCGUGACCGAGCCGUUGCUACCAUACACCCCAGUGACACCAAACUUCCCCAGUCCGAAUAUGCUGGAGUCAGUCAACCCCACAGGCGAUGCCUCUGCAGGCGACAAGUCGAAGAAGGGGGUCAAGCGGAAGAAAAUCACUGAGGAGAGCGGCGAGACAGCAAAGAGGCGGUCGGCCAGAGUGCGGAACACCAAGAGCAAAAAAGAGGAGAAAGUGGACUUCCAGGAGCUGCUGGUGAAGUUCCUUCCGUCCCGCCUGAGGAAGCUGGAUCCAGAAGAAGAGGAUGGUCCUUUCAGCAGCUAUGAAAUCCAGUCAGAGGCCAAGGAAGAGAAUUUCCAACACAUUGGCUCACACAGGAUGUCGUUUGACGCGACUGCCUGCAUGGAAUCUGAGAGGCAGGACGUGCAUAAAUUCCUCUUGGCGAACUUGAACAACGGAGGCAUCCUGGAGCUGAUGAUGAGGUACCUGAAGGUGAUCAGCCAGAAGUUCCUGGCGAAAUGGCCCCCUGGCUUGUCCGAGGUGGUCUUGAACAUCUACAACAGCUGGAGGAAGCACAGCAGCAGCCUGCCGAACCCACUCCUCAGGGACUGCAGCAACCAGCAUAUCAGAGAUAUGAUGCUGAUGAGCCUGUCCUGCAUGGAGCUGCAGCUUGAUCAGUGGCUGCUGGCCAAGGGGAAGAGCUCGACAGUGUCUCCCCGGAAUGGCCCUGCUUCUGCUGCUGGCUCUGCGAAUGGCAAAUUUGGUCCUGAUUUCCCAGGCACCCACUUCUUGGGGGAUUUGCUGCAGCUUUCUUUUGCCUCUUCCCAGCGGGACCUCUUCGAGGAGGGCUGGCUGGAGUUUGUGGUUCGAGUGUAUUGGCUGAAAGCCCGAUUCCUGGCACUUCAGGGCGACAUGGAGCAGGCCUUGGAGAACUAUGACGUCUGCACAGAGAUGCUCCAGAGCUGCGCUGCGGUGCAAGCCAAAGCUGGCCACGAGCAAAACGUCUUGAUCCGGUUGCCGAACCUCCACGUGGACUCCGUGGUCUCUUUGGAAGAGAUCGACAAGAACCUCAAGUCCCUGGAGAGGUGCCAGUCCUUGGAGGAGAUCCAGCGCCUGUACGAGGCCGGCGACUACCAGGCUGUGGUGCAGCUGCUCCGCCCAACCCUGAGCUUCAGCGGCUACGGCAGGACCAAGCACCUGGAGUUCGUCAUCUCCAUCCCAGAGAGGCCGGCUCAGCUGCUUCUGCUGCAGGACUCCCUGCUGAAACUGAAGGACUACCGGCAGUGUUUUGAGUGCUCCGAGGUUGCCUUGAACGAAGCUUUCCAGCAGAUGGUGAACAUGACGGCCGCUUCUGCCAAGGAGGAGUGGGUGGCCACCGUGACGCAGCUGCUUGCCGGGAUCGACUGCUCUCUGUCCUCAGACAGCAGCAGCCUGGACGAAGCUUCCGCCACACAGAGCCUCGUCCGGCUGACUAACAACCUCAUCCAGGUAAUAGACUGCAGCAUGGCAGUCCAGGAGGAGCCCAAGGAGCCUUUUGUGUCCUCCGUGCUUCCCUGGAUUAUCCUUCACCGAGUCAUCCAGCACGAAGAAGACAACGUCCGGUCCGUCUGCUUCCAGCGAGAGGAAGAGCAGCAGUUGCAGACCCUCAGCGAGGAAGGCGGAACGGCUCCGUCUCUGGACACGCCCAUGCUGCCCUCUUCCCUGAUGCUCCUCAAUACGGCUCACGAGUACCUUGGGAGGAGAUCGUGGUGUUGCAACUCUGACGGAGCCCUGCUGAAAUUCUACGUGCGGGUGCUGCAAAAAGAGCUUUUGGCCUCUACCUCGGAAGACACUCAUCCCUACAAAGAGGAGCUGGAAACGGCCUUGGAGCAGUGUUUUUAUUGCUUAUACAGCUUCCCAAGCAAGAAGAGCAAAGCCCGCUACUUGGAAGAACAUUCCACCCAGCAGGUGGACCUGAUGUGGAAAGAUGCUUUACUGAUGUUUGAGUACUUUAAACCCAAGACCCUUCCCGAGUUCGACAGCUACAAAACCAGCACCGUCUCUGCCGACCUGGCCAACCUCCUGAAGAAGAUGGCGACCAUCGUGCCUCGGACUGGCAAGCCCAUGCUGAGACUCGAGGAAGUGUCGAGCUACAUUGAAGGGACUCUGAGCAAGGUGCCGGCUCUCCCCGAGGGCGCAGACUACUCACCACCGGUUGUGACGGAGCUGUACUAUCUCCUGGCGGAUUACCACUUCAAGAACAAAGAGCCGUCCAAGGCCAUCAAGUCGUACAUGCAUGACAUCUGCAUCUGCCCUAACAGGUUUGACUCGUGGGCCGGCAUGGCUCUGGCUCGGGCCAGCCGGAUCCAAGACAAGCUGAACUCCAACGAGCUGAAGAGCGACGGCCCCAUCUGGAAGCACUCCACGCCGGUGCUGAACUGCUUCAAGCGAGCGCUGGAGAUCGACCGCUCCAACCUCUCCCUGUGGAUCGAGUACGGCUCCAUGUCCUACGCGCUGCACUCGUUUGCGUCGCGGCAGCUGAAGCAGUGGAAGUCGGAGCUGCCGCCGGAGGUGGUGCGCCAGAUGAAGGAGCGGCGGGACGGCAUGCUGGAGACGGCCAAGCACUGCUUCACGUCGGCGUCUCACUGCGAGGGGGACGGGGACGAGGAGGAGUGGCUGAUCCACUACAUGCUGGGCAAGAUUGCGGAGAAGCAGAAGCAGCCGCCCGUGGCCUACCUCCUCCACUACAAGCAGGCGGGCCACUUCCUGCACGAGGAGGCCGCCCGGUAUCCCAAGAAGAUCCACUACCACAAUCCGCCGGAGCUCGCCAUGGAGGCCCUGGAGGUGUAUUUCCGGCUCCAUGCCUCCAUCCUGAAGCUUGUGGGGAAGCCCGACUCUGGAGUCGAUGCUGAAAUGCUCGUCACGUUCAUGAAGGAAGCUGCCGAGGGGCCUUUUGCCAGGGGCGAGGAAAAGAACACCCCCAAAAUCGCGGAAAAGGAAAAGCUUUGCAUGGUGGACGAGGACUCCCACUCUUCUGCAGGAACCGUGCCGGGCCCUGGGACUUCCCUCCCCUCCCUCUCCGGUCCAGGUCUGACAUCCUCACUCUACACAGCUACUCCAGUUGACCACGAUUACGUCAAAUGUAAAAAAAGCCGUCAGCAGGCGACACCGGAUGACAGGAGCCAGGACAGCACAGCGGUGGUGCUCUCCGAUUCCAACUCGACCCAAGACAUGUUCACGGAGCCCGCCAACUCUCAAGACAGUGCCAAGAAGCCUUACCCGGAGAGAAGGCUGUUUGCGUCCUGCUUAGAAGCUGCUACCACCAUGCCGGGCAAAGAGACCCCAGGGCCUCCGGAGGAAAGGGCUCCAGGGAAGUCUGAAGAGCCCUUGGAAGGCUCUGAAUCGGCUGCCGCAGCCGAGCAGAAGCUGGACGCCCAGGUGCCCUCCGGCACCCCUCCCAAAGCCCCGGCACCCUCGCUCUCCCAGUGGGAUGCCAAGAGGCGAGCAGAGCCCUGCACAGACCCGUUUCCCCAGAGUCUCCCGGCGGACCUGGAGGAGCAGCGCAAGUUCGUGACGGAGCGGUGCGUCCGCUCGCUCCACGUAUGUCUCAGCCGCUUCCCUCAGCACUACAAGAGCCUCUACCGGCUGGCCUCUCUCUACACGUACAGCAGGACCCAUAAGAAUCUUCAGUGGGCUCGAGACGUGUUGCUAGGCAGCAGUAUCCCUUGGCAGCAGCUGAAGCACAUGCCGGCACAGGGCCUCUUCUGCGAGAGGAACAAGACCAAUUUCUUCAACGGAAUCUGGCGCAUUCCUGUGGAUGAAAUUGACCGCCCCGGCAGUUUUGCCUCUCACAUGAACCGCUCCAUCGUCCUUCUGCUGGAUGUCUUGUCGCAGCUGAAGGAUUACCACACCCUGCUGAAAGUCUCCUCGAUGCUACAGAGGACCCCCGACCAGGGGAAGAAGUACUUGCGUGAUGCAGACCGCCAGGUCCUGGCCCAGCGCGCCUUCGUUCUCACAGUGACGGUGCUGGAGGACAUGCUGAUUGAGCUCACCAAGGUCUCAGAAGAUCCGGACGCCAAGUACUGCAUCCUUUCAGGGACAAGGAUGACGACGGACGUCUCUAACAAAGCCAGUGCUGAAGAGGGGCAGGACGCCCUCCCCAAAAAGGCGGCGCUGUCUGAUGUGGGGGUGGCAGCGGCAGCAUAUGGUGCUGAGAAUGGGGUCAAAGACGUGGCCCCAGGGCAGCCUCCCCCCGCGCUAGACGCUGUGGAACUGGAGGCGAAGGCUGCCAAGGAGAUCUCCCGCCCAGGCUCCACGGAGCCCAUGGACUUGGACGGGUACGCCAACGACCUGGAAAAAACGGACACUUCCUCUAAAUGCCCGGAAUCUGUCCGGGCGCUGCCAGGCAGGAUUUCCAAGGACAAACCCUCCGAGAGCCGGACUGCAGAGCUCUCCCUGGAGGAGCUGAGCAUCAGCUCUAAGCACCAGCAGCUGGAGGGGGUGAAGGUCCGAGUCCAGGCAGGGCCGACGGAGGAGGUCAGCCAGAGGCCGAGCAGGAAGAGGAAACUGAUCGAUGAUGCCGAGUCGGGGAAGACCCUCCUCCUGGAUGCUUACCGUGUGUGGCAGCAGGGUCAGAAGGUCAUGACCUAUGACCUAGGCAAGAUUGAGAAAAUAAUGUCUGAGACCUAUAUGCUCAUUAAGCAGGUAGACGAAGAAGCAGCUUUGGAGCAAGCAGUCAGGUUCUGCCAGGUGCAUAUCGGAGCUUCUGCACAAAAGCAAUCCACGGGAGAAAUGCCAACCACUCCAAAGCAUACCCGGGACGCCAAGGAGUGCUUCUUCCCAGCAGCUCCUUCCUCUCUGAACCCUUCCUCCGUGGCUGCUGACGCCGUGGCUUCGGAAGUCCUCCUGAGACUGAGCGACUUGCACUCCAAGCCCAAGAGUGCCUCCCCUCCGCCCUCCUCCUCCGCCGGGGUGCUGCUGCUGCUGCCGCCCCCGCCCCCACAGGCAGAAGCAGGGGCAGAGCUCAUGGAAGAGGCUCCCGCCGUUUCUGGCCUCGCACGGGAGGAGGAAGACGAAGGGAAGUUGGACCAGCCUCUGGAAGGGCUAAGUUUCCAGCAGCAGGAAUCUCACCUCUGCCAGCAGAUGAAAAUGGCCACGGUGGCCACUUCCUCCAACCCUGCUCGCUGGCAAGUGGAGCUGGAGUCCGUGACCAGCCCAAGCGCAGGACAGGUCUGUAGCCAAGCCUCCAGUUCCAAGACAGAACUCGGUGUUGAUUUGCAGCCCGUGGGAAGCCAGCAGAACAAGGCCGACAGCAGCCGAGUGAAGCCCCGCGUCUUGCCCAACAUGCCAAAGCUUUUCAUCCCCUCGUCCAUCACCAAGUUCCCCCCCGAGAUCACUGUCACUCCACCAACCCCCACCCUCCUCUCCCCCAAAGGCAGCAUUUCUGAAGAGACCAAGCAGAAGCUAAAGUCUGCCAUUCUCUCGGCCCAGUCGGCGGCAAACGUUAAGAAGGAGAGCCUUUGCCAGCCGGCUCUGGAGAUUGUAGAAACUUCGAGCCAGGAGUCCUCUCUGGAGAGCGACACUGACGAAGAAGAGGACUGCAUGGAUGUCUGACCACUCUGCUGGACACGUGGCUUCCUCCAGCUUCUCACUGCAGCAUCACCGCCUGCCUGCCUGCCUGCCUGCCUCCAUCAGCUGUUCAUCUCCAUGGCCGCUCGCCUUCACCACUGCUGCCUCUGGUCUUGCCUCCAGGUCUCUGGCAUCCUCACCAGCACAAAGCAUGCCGGCCCCACUGGCCAGUCUUAGCCAGGCCUUUGCUUCUGAUCUUUGGCGUCUCGCAAGCUACUGGCAUCUUCUCACGCGUUCCCUCCUCUUGCAACUGGUGACUUUGGCAGAAGAAGGCACAACUUGGCUGGCUGAGCUGAGGGGCUGGCCCUGCCCCUCGUGACUAUCGGCAAAGCCCUGGCUGGCUUCUGUAGCUCAGUGGGGACUUAAAGGACCAGAGGGGAGAGGACAGUCUCUUCCGAUUCCCUUGGACAAGCUGCAAAAAGCCCCAGGGGUCACAGGUAUGGGGAAAUGGUAUGGAUUUCAGUACCAUUUUGGUUAUGUCUCUCUCUCUCUCGCUCACUCUCUUUCUUUUUUUAACAGAUUGACACACAAAAGGGGUGUGUGGUUUUGUGUGUGUGGUUUUCUAAAGGCUCCGUGGAGGGAUUAAGUCACAUUUCUAUGGGGGAAAUAAAGGAAACCCAAGCAUUUUUCUACUGAA